AUGGAAGAUCAACCUCCGAGGUACUCCAUGCUGGAGGCCGCUGGCUGGUCGGACGAUCUUUGGUCUCAGAAUGGAGUAAAUGUCAAAGAUGAUGGUCGCAUUGAAGUCAACCUUGACUCCAAGGUGUGUCGAACGGUCGCAAAGCUCAUCCCGAUUUUGCGCGAGGAGCAGAGACCCGCGUCAGUCCCAGAUUUUACGGAGCAUGUCUCCUGUGAUAUUCAGUUAAACAUUGUUAUCCAGGUCGUUGGCAGUCGAGGCGAUGUCCAGCCCUUUAUUGCAUUAGGUAAUGAGCUUCAACUUUAUGGCCAUCGCGUAAGACUGGCGACUCACCCAGCGUUUGAGUCUUUCGUUCUUCAAUCUGGUUUAGAAUUCUAUCCUAUUGGAGGCGAUCCGUCGGAGCUCAUGGCCUAUAUGGUUAGGAAUCCAGGCUUGAUACCUCAAAUGAAAAGUUUGCGAAGCGGAGAGAUCCAACGCAAGCGGGCCAUGGUAGCCGAAAUGCUCCAGGGAUGUUGGAAUUCAUGCAUCAGCAAUGAUCCAAUCAGCCAAGCCCCUUUUGUCGCUGACGCUAUCAUCGCCAACCCGCCUAGCUUUGCCCACGUUCACUGUGCGCAAGCCUUGUCUAUUCCCGUGCACCUUAUGUUCACUAUGCCAUGGAGUAGCACAAGAGCUUUCCCGCAUCCGUUGGCAAAUCUCAAGUACUCAACUACUGAGCCAAGGAUGGCUAAUUAUAUUUCCUAUGAUGUUGUUGAAUGGAUAACGUGGCAAGGACUUGGUGACGUGAUAAAUAAAUGGAGAUCCUCGCUUAAUUUAGAGCCUAUCCCAGCGACAGAAGGGCCAUGUUUAGCUAAGACUCUAAAGGUACCUUUUACUUAUUGCUGGUCUCCGAGUCAUAUGCCAAAACCAUCAGACUGGUCGUCAAACAUAGAUGUCUGUGGCUUCUUCUUUCGUGCGCUCCCAAACUAUACACCACCCUCUGAACUCGAUUCAUUUCUUCAAAAAGGUAGUCCUCCGGUCUAUAUUGGCUUCGGCAGCAUUGUCAUCGAAGAUCCGGUCGCUAUGACGAAUAUGAUUCUCGAAGCUGUCAGGUCACUUGGUAUUCGCGCAAUCAUCUCGCGUGGGUGGAGCAAAAUUGGAGAGGCUUCGUCUAAUGAUCAGGUUUUAUAUCUUGAGGACUGCCCACACGAAUGGCUGUUUCAACAUGUCGCCGCUGUUGUCCAUCAUGGGGGUGCUGGAACUACGGCAUGUGGCCUGCGAUUUGGGAGAACCACGACUAUCAUCCCAUUCUUUGGGGAGUAUGAUUCAUCUAAUCCUAUCUUCCGGCCACCAACCUUCGCGUCAUGUGGUCUUGGACCUCGGCCUAUUCCCUAUCGUGCUCUGACUUCACAGAGUUUGGUGAAAGCUAUUCAAUUCUGUCUGCGACCCGAAGCGCAGUCUGCAGCUCAUGAUGUUGCAAGCCGAAUGAGUCACGAGAAUGGUGUUGGCGCUGCAGUUGACUCAUUUCAUCUGAAUUUACCGGCGAAUAUGCGAUGCUAUGCGCUUCCAUCUGCACCAGCUGUGUGGCAGUUCAAGAAAUCUUCAAAGCCCACAAUAUAUUUGUCGAAAAUUGCCGCUGAGGUACUAAGCGACCACCAUCGUUUAAAACACAGUGAUCUUCAGCCUUACCUCGUGAAUCCAAUUUUCAUUCGAAAUCGGCGAUGGGAUCCAGUCACUGGGCUGUCUUCUUCGUUGAUAGGCACCAGCACCGACAUGUUGAAAGCGACUGGUGAUAUUGUUUAUAAACCAUACCAGGAGCUUCGCCGUGCCCCCAAAAGCCAAUCAGAGCUUGGCGUCUCAACUCCGUCUGGCUCUCGAUCUUUUAGUAUUGCUUCUCCAGUUGACACAUCUUCUGUGACUACCUCCAGUGGUAAGAAAUCUUCUAAACUCAGGACUACGGGUGUGGCGAUAGAGGGGUCCGUAAAAAGUCUAGGAAAGGUCGUUGGCUAUUGGUAUAAAGGCAUGCUCAUAGAUAUGCCUUUGGCAGUGAGUGAGGGUCUUAGGGCUGUGCCUCGGCUAUACGGUGAAGAAGUUAGAGAUCACGGAACGAUCCGGGACUGGAGAUCUGGAGCUACUUUCGCAGGAAAGAAUUUUGUAUAUGGUAUGACAGACGGCUUCAGCGACAUCUUCGCCCAGCCUUAUAGAGAUGGUCAAGAAGAAGAGCCAAGGGCGUAA